AUGAGUGCGACGACGGCGUCGUCAUGGCUGGCUCCAGACGACGAGUCGGCGACAUCGACGGUCGUCGGCUACAUUUGCCUUCUUCUGUCCUGCACGGCUUUCGGCACAAUGUUUGUCCCACUGAAACGCGUCGACGCCAGAGAUGGUAGCUUUUCAGUCAUUUUCUCUUUCAUUCAGAAUGAAACCCUAGGAUUUUUUGUUCAAUGGAUCGAGUGUGGCGUGGUCUUCAUCGUCGGCUCUAUUAUCUACUGUAUCCGCGAUUUCCCGACCUUCGAGCCGAUCGCUUGUAUUGGAGGACUUCUUUACGCCACUGGUAAUAAAGUAUUAAUUUUGUUAAAAGUUGAAUUAGAGUUUUCAAAGCUCAAAAAAUCACUAUACUUUUUUAGCCGUGCAUUCGAAUAUUAUCAAUAGUUUUUAAUAUUUUCAAAAAGAAAAAAAAAAGAUACAUCAAAAAGCAAAGGAGACAAGUUAUCAGUUCAGAUCAAUUCUAGGAUUUUAUUUCAAAAUGAACUAUAGAAAAGAUGAAAGUUCAGGGCUUUUUAUCACGAGUUACAGACUUAAAAAUGAUUAUUUGGAAAAAGAUUUUCAGGCAACGUCUUCAGCGUGCCGAUCGUUCAAGGAAUCGGAAUGGGCAUCGGUUUCCUGAUUUGGUCGUCGCUUCAGGUUCCUAGCUCUUCAAGGGAUUUUUCACUCUUUCAAUCAGAUUGCCGUCGGUUGGAGCGUCGCCAGAUUCGGACUUUUUGGCUGGUUGGCACCGACAAAUGUCAAAAGUGACGUCAUGAACUACAUCGGCAUCGCUUUGACGUUGAUUGGGUAAAGGUUUCGGACGAUCAAAUAAGGGCAGAAAUCUUUUUGAGGCCUCCAAGUUCCCCAGUUUAAAUAAUAUAUCGCUGGGGCCAAAAUUAAUUUUGCUCGUUAUUUUUUUCAAUUAUAUUUUUGCACCUUUCCAGAGGAGGUCUGCUGGUUCUUGUCAAGCAGGAACCUGUGAUUCUCGACCCGGUUUCCUACGACUUGCAGCCGUCAACGACAGAAUCGGAGAAGACUCAGGAAAUAUCGUCAGAAUCCUCAAGGAGAGACACAACCAAGGAUUUGAUCAUCAGAAAGAUUCCGUUAGUUAUCUCCAAAACUUUCAAUUUUGAAAAAUUGGGUGUUUCGAUAGUUGAGUUCACAAAAAGUUGCGCUGAGUAAAAUUUCUUCUAAGUCGAAAAACGUCUUCAAAUGAGUUAAAAGAGGCUAGAAAAUUGUUUAGCAAGGUAAAUCUCACAACCAUUCUGAGUAACACCCUAGUGGUCCCUAUAGGGGUUACGGGGAAAAACAUCCUCCAUAGGGCUAAACUUUUUAAUAAGUUUUAAUUUCUAAUAAUUUAUUGAGUUUCAGGACCAACAUUGGUUUUUUUUUUUGGUUGCUAACUUUGAAGAUAUAUUUUUUCGAAAAGGAAAAGGGUUAUCGCUCAGAAUUUAUUUGGUUUGAGUUCCAUAGACCUUCGCUUGACAUUUGAAUAGAUAAACGAUAAAUGGAGGAGAAAAUAAGUACAUUUUCAGUUUUGUCAUCAUGGCGAUGGGUCUUGCGUGCAUGCACGGAUUCAUGAUGUCACCAAUCGAUAUUCUGAAGCAGAAGCAUCCGACCAACGAUAAGUUCAAAGGUUAAACUCUUAUCCUUUUUUUUUCAAAGUAUUCUCGUUAGAAAAAAUUGAGAAAGUAGGAAAAUUUUGGUUGUAAAAGCACCGGAAAAAAGUUUUUUAUUGGCGAUUGUUGAUUGAAAUUGAAUUCAGAGUCGUUAUUUCCUAAUUCAGUCUUCGACUACAUUUUCCCGUUCUACUCAAGUGUGUUCCUGUUCUCAACCAUCUACUUUUUCUUGUACUCCAUCAUUCGCCGGCAAAAGGCUUACAUCGAGCAGCGACUUGUCAUUCCGUCGAUCGGAUAUGGAAUCCUCUGGACCGCCGGUGAAACUUCGACGAAGUCCUUAAGGAACUUCUUUUUGUUGAGGGAUGACUCUUUGGUUCGUCUCUAGUGACCGGUUAUCUCAAGUGGUCGCCUAUCCCAUCACGACGAGGUUGCCGCCAUUGAUCAGCGCCGCUUUGGACGUUUUCGUCUACAAAACUGUUAAGGUCAGGUAUUUCUGAAUCGUCAAAAAGUGGGGCUUUUUUGGAAAUUAGAUUCGCAGAGUUGCGUCCAGUUCUCCAAUUUUUUUUUUUUGGUUUCUGAGAGUCGAUUGAAAACUGGGCUGAAGUUUAAAUUUAACUGAAAUAAGCUUUUUAGGGCACUCGAAAUCUUCUAACCCUUCUGACGGCAGCCACAAUCGCCUUGACUGGCGUCAUUCUAAUCGCACUAUCAAAUCAAAUUUGA